UGUAAGAUAAAAAAGAAAAGGCUAAAUAAGAUGCAGCCAUAUAGUUGCAUCUUAUUUAUAUUUUAUAUACAAGGUAAAGUAAUAGAUUUUAAAUUUAGUAGAAAGCGGCUUACAGACUGGAGAAAUUCAAGAAAAGCUGUCUGCGAAUUUUCUCAAUCUUUUAAUCAAAAGGAAGAUGUAAAAAGUUCAGAUUUUGAAGAUCAGAGUGCAGAUAGUGAAUCUGUAUAUAAUUUUGCUGCAGAUAAUGUAAUAUAUCCAAGUUUAACUACUGGCUCGAGACCAACAUUUAGUAAUGCAUUGCAACAAAGAUAUGUUUUGUCUUCUGAUUCAAUUAUUGAAAAUCAGGGAGAGAGAUUCAUAGAUAAUAAAGGCGGGGAUCAGGAUAAAAUGUAUUUGUCUCUAAAUGAUAGUUAUAUUGAAAAAGAGCCAUUUGAAACAGUUAUUUUUCAAAAAGAAAUAAAAAUUUGGAGUUUAAAACACAACUGCACACGGCAAUGUACCAAUGAUUUAUUGACUAUUUUAAAUCGUCAUGGGCACCAGGAAAUGCCAAAAGAUGCAAGGACACUUUUGUGUACACGAAGAGUUGUGAAAACAGCAUCUUUGAGAAAUGGAAAUUACAUUUAUUUUGGCAUAAAACAAGGUAUUGAAAACAUAUUGCAAUUUCAAGACUUCAACUCCACUAAAAUUAAUCUUAUAUGUAAUGUCGAUGGUCUACCACUAUUUAAAUCCAGUGCCUACCAAGUUUGGCCUAUACUUUGUCAGUUUGGAUAUUUUAAACCGUUUGUUGUUGGAUUGUAUGGCGGUAAAAUAAAACCGUGUGCUUCUGAAUUAUUAGCAGAUUUUGCAGAAGAGUUAAAAACUUUCAAACAACCUGAAGAAAUACUUGGUAAGAUCUUCAAUAUUUCUUUGUUUGCAAUAACAUGUGAUGCCCCUGGUAGGGCGCUUUUAAAAGGCACAAUUGAACAUUCUGGAUACUAUGCAUGCGAGAGAUGCAAUUUGUCUGGUUUUUCUAUUCAUGGUCGUAUUGUUUAUGAUAAAUGUCAGGAAACAGUUACAAAUAGAAACAAUGCUGAUUUAAAAGCCGGAUUAUACUCUCAAAAAGACAAUGAUGGUCGGUGCCAUCUUCAUACAAGAACUCCACUGUUUGAUGUUGAAGAUUUAGACAUGAUUCAGGAUUUUGCUCUUGACUAUAUGCACUUAGUUAAUUUAGGUGUUAUGAGACGUAUGUUAUAUUACUACAAAGUUUCAAAUAUGCUCCACCCAAAGGAACGAGUUCCUAGUCCAAAUUUGCAUGCUUUAAGUUGCACAACAUCUGGUUCUUCAUCACCAAAUCAAUUGGAUGUGCCACUAUUAUCUCUAUGGAAAAGAAGUAAAAGUAAAAUGGGGUGUGUAGUACAGUUAAGAUCGAAUGAAGACUCACAACAAUCGGAUUUAGAAUCAUAUCAUUUUACUAAAAGUUCUACAUCUUUCAAGAUUGGUGAUGGUGGUGUUUCAUUUAAGGAGAUGACAAACAAACAGUUUCAGUAUGCAAUGCUAAUGAAACUAGAUUCAUUGCAGCAAAAUCAAGUUAAAAUUAUGGAGCGAUUAGAGAACCUGGAAACACAUCCAAAAAGUGACACUAUUGAUUUGGGUGCCAUAAUUGCAAUCCCACACGGAGAUAUUGGGUGUUUUAAUAAUGAAGAAGAAAAUCUUAGAGCAAGUUCUAGCGCUAGGAAAAACAAGAUCACUCAAAUCAAAGCUGUUGGUGGUGCAACAGCCCGCAAAACUGUCAAAAAUGUUUUAAACCAGUUGAUGGUGCCACAAGUCCAAAACUUAUUUAGUAAAGAUGGAUUGAAAGGCAAGCUUAAGUUUACAGCUACGCAACAUUACAAUUGUAUUAAAGAAGGCUUAGUAUCCGAAAGAACUGGUUAUGAUGCCGCAAAUAUCGAAGCCCUUGUUGGAGAUUUAUUGAAGCGGGCAUUGCCGAAAGUGAAAACAAUUAGCAAUGUUGACGUUCACGAAGAAGAAGCAACAUAAAAUUUUUUCUUUGUAUAUAGAUUAUUUUUAAAAGUAAAUGGAUUUUACACA